AUGCCUUCCGAUCCACUUACCUACACUUGUACCUGCCAUCAGCCAGGCCUCGUGCUUCUCUUUUAUCGCUACUUUACCUCCCCACCUCAACUCCCUUCACCACAUUAUCCACUCACAACUUCUACCCUCAAAGACUUGCAUGCCUUCCAGAAGUCAACAUGUGGAGCUCUAAAUCUUACUGGCAAAAUUCGAGUCGCGAAGGAAGGCUUCAAUAUCACUGUUGCCGGCACGACGUCGGAUGUGCAUUCGUAUAUCGAAUCUUGUAUAUCUCAUUGGUCGUUCGCAGGGUUAGAUCUCUCUCUAGACAACGAGAAGGGAAUCAAGGAGUUCUUCAAACCUACAAAAGGCUGCGCAUGUGUUUUCGUGGAUCUGAAUACCCGCAUUGCGGAUGAAAUCACACCGUUAGGAAUCACAAACUACGAGCCUAAGAAUUGGAACGCGGUUUCGUAUCUCAGUCCUGCGGAGUUUCAUGAUAUGGUCACGACUACGGCAGAUGAGGAAGGAGAAAGAAUAUUACUGGAUAUACGGAAUCAUUACGAAUCGCGGAUUGGCUAUUUUGAGGCACCGGAGGAAUCGGGUAUCCAGACUGUGAAGCCACAGGUUAGGAGGUUUUCGCAGUUUCCAGCGUUUGUGAAGAAACAUAUUGAUUUCACCUCUCGUUCUUCACCCGAGGGCGAAAAAGAGCAUGUCAGUGUCGGCAGAACGAUUUUCUCGUACUGUACAGGUGGUAUUCGCUGUGAAAAGGCUACAAGGUGGAUCGCUGAGAAUGUAGAUCAAGCCCCGCAAGACAGAAUUUACACCUUGAAGGGAGGUAUAUCGGCUUACAUGGCAUGGUUUGAGGAAGAGAUGACCGCUGGGAGGAAGAGAGAAGAUGAGUGUUUAUGGAAGGGAAGGGAAUAUGUUUUUGAUGGAAGAGGAUCAUUAGGUUUAGGUAAUGAGAAUGAAAGGAAGAAAGUAGCGAAGUGUCAUGGCUGCGAGAGGGAGGAAGACAGAAUGGGAAAAUGUGGCAUGGAAGGGUGUGAGUUGGUGUUAGUGGUUUGCGAGGUCUGUGAAGGUGUCAAGUGCUGUAAUAGUUGUGGAGAUGAAGAUGAAAAGGGGAGAAGAAUUGUAUGUGAUUGUGAACGGCAAAGAGAAUUUAAGCUUUGGGGAAGUGAGGGUAUGAAAGGCGUGAAAGGCGUUUCAGCAAAGCAGAAGAAAUCAUAUGAAAGAGGGAAGAAGCAGAUUCGAAAUGAUACCAUAGAUAUCAGAGUUAGAAUAGUAGAAUAA